AUGGUUUCCGUACAAACGAUAGCGACCAUUGUGGUCAAAGUAUUCAAAAUUGUCUUGAACAUAGUGAUUCUAGUUCUGUAUCGAACUGGUUACAAUGGCGAGUUUCUUGGCGUUGGUGGAACCUGGAACCUCAAUGAAGAGAAGAACCCUGACGCAGAGAUAGUCGCGUCUGGAGUCAUCGUGGGUUACCUAAUCUACACUCUCGUACAAGUGGUCACAUUCUUAUUUGGGACGACUGAACAUAAAAGAGCUAUGUCAGAAAUUGUGAUGAACUUCAUUGGAGUGUUCCUGUGGAUAGCCGUGGGGGCUGUGGCGUUGCAUUACUGGGGCGGUUACCAGGGAGAGCAUCAAUUCCAAUUCGUAUUUGCAGAAAAACAGGUCGGCCUGGCAGUUGGUGCUCUAUGCGUGAUUCAAGGGGCCGUCUACCUUCUUGACACCGCAUUAUCUGUUAUACACUUUACGAAAGAAAUGUAA